AUGAUGAUGUUGCUGCUGCUGCUGCUACUGCUGCUUCUGCUGCUUCUGCUGCUGUUAGUCGUCACCAUCGUCAACACCAUCAUCGCUUUCUUCAUCACAUCCGGGUUUUUCCAAUUACUCACCAUGGCUGAACCGCCAAUAAUCACGGAGGGCCCGCCAAAACAAAUGUACUACGCUAAGGGCAACAGGGUGGUGCUCCAGUGCAAGGCCCUUGCUAGCCCCCCACCCGAAUUUGAAUGGUUUUGUGACGGAGAAAAAUUACAAAACUCAAACGACCAAACUUUUUUCCACGCCGAUACCUCUAAUUAUUCAUCAGUGCUACACCUCAGUACAAAGUCGCUGUCAGGGGAUUACUCACUGCAGUGUUUUGCGUCAAACAUAUACGGAGCUGCUAUAUCAAACAUCACCAUUCUGUCGCAAGCUUUCCUAGAAGAGACAACUAACACAAGGGCCAUUCAGAACCAGACCUCAACGGAGGGCCGCCCACUCUUUCUGCCCUGCAAUCACGUGAUCAGCAACCCGCCAGCCUCAAGGACGUGGUUCACAGUGGACCUCCUGUCGAGGAAGCCCAGCUCGAGUGCCGAGUUGGUCAGGAUGGGAGGUGGGAGUGUCACCAUGGAUGGAAGGGGUGGUUUAGUGUUUACGUCACUUUCGCUGGAGGACGUGGAAUCGAGCAGAGUCUAUAAAUGUGACGCGUAUAACUACGUACUGCGAAAAACAAUUGCCGGCUGCUAUUACAGAGUUACAGUGCUUAAAGACCCAUACAACAACAUGCAUGCUCCCGAUUUGAUCUUCUCCUCCUCUAAAGUCCAGUCAACGGUCGGCAAUAACGUGACGUUAAUCUGCAUAUUCUCUGGGAGACCAGUCCCAAAAGUGAGCUGGCAAAGGUUAGACAUGAUCCGUAUCUCGGGAUCAAUCAGUGACAGUGGAAGGAGGUUGACGAUACAGAAAGUUACCAAUGAAGAUGGAGGGAUGUAUAGAUGUGUUGCUUCUAAUGAAGUUGGCCAGACUACAACAGUUAUCAAUCUUUCCGUUGGAGAGCCGCCAAAAUUGUUAUCUCCAAUGAAAGAUCAAUUCGUGACUGUGGGAUCGUCCGCUUUUUUAACCUGCAACUGUUCCGGGUCACCUGAUCCAGUUUUUGACUGGUUCUUCAACUCUCAGCCAAUAAUUGAUGCAAACUUAUCGUGGACCAACAGCGGAGAAACCCUGGAAAUAAGAGGUUUGGCUGUUGUCACAAGUGCUACAAUAACCUGUAAUGCGAGUAACUCACACGGAUAUGUAUUGGAAUCAGCACGGUUGUAUGUUCACGAAGCAAGUCUGGUAGAUCCGACCCAGAUGACGUUAGAGAUGACGUCACCACCGAUCGACCAAUCAGAGAAGAUAGACCCACUUGAAUUCAACUCCUCUAGUUUGCAAAUGCCGUUUAACUUUUCAGUGGCAAAGUUAUACCCCUCUGAAGUGAAGUACUAUGGCUAUCGCGCCCACAAUUACGAUUUUAGCAAAACCGAACAAAGUACAAACAAUAACCUGAGGGACCCAACAGUUUCUUAUCUCAACAUCUUUAAUAUCAUCUGGCUGUUUGUUCUCGUCUCUGUUGUCCUUAUUCUUAUAGCUUUCCUCUACGUCCGCUCAAGAGACAAAAGAAUGUCUUAUCAAGUCAAUGAACCAGUCGGUGAAUGGAGAUACGCCAAAGAAGAAAAGGAACGUUAUUCUAAUGCAAGUGAACAACAAGGAGAUGAUAGAACUACUGAUCAAGUCAAGCAGUCAACUUUAAACCAUUCGGCCGACUACAUAUGCUACCUCUAA